UUAUGCUUGGGGUUGCUAAGGUAAUCGCGUCCAUAGGUACCUUACAACAGUAGUCGAGAUUAACAUUAUGUACGGCGUAUAAAAUCCGAAAGCGUUGGUAGUUGGUCAUUACAGCGCAAACCAUUGGACUUACAACUUCAGCUCUCGUAAGUGAAGGGGCUUCUUGGUAUAAUUUUGUGUGAAAGUUUUCAAGAUGGUUUACGAAUAUACCAAACCCCGAGCGCCGAUUGCGGCCAUGUACAACAGUCCUGGGCCGUGUUAUGGAUUACCUGCCCUGACGGGUCAAACCAGUCACGAUCCAAGAAGUUCACACACAAAGACGCCAGCUUACUCUUUUGGUGUACGCCACGGUAAAUUCUGGGAUGACUGCAGUCCAGGACCCUGUUAUUAUCCAGAUCCUAAAAUCUCCAGAGGAGGAAAAGACGGGACUCCUCAUUAUUCUUUGUACAGUCGGAACCAAGAUGGAACUAUGUUCAGAACCCCUGGCCCAGGAUCUUAUCAGCCUGAACACUCAGGACCUUCGGCCAGCUACACCCAUCCUUCCCACAGUUUCGGUAGUCGACCAAGAUACAGGAGAAGUGACAACGUUCCAGCUGCCAAUAGCUAUAGUCUUCCAGGAAUGACCGGCAGCACCGUUCAGAGUGGCAAACGUCAAGCCCCCAAAUUCAGUCUGUCAGGUCGCCAAAGGACCGGGGGCUUCUCUGAAGAUUUGGCCAAAGCCCCAGGACCAGGAACGUACAAGACAACAGACCCCAGUACCUUCAAAUCAAAGGCACCAUUAUACAGUAUGACUUGCCGAAACACCAUGCCAGGCGAUGCCACCCAGAAACCCGGUCCCGGCGCUCACUCUCCACAGGACACAUGGGCUCACAAAAACAAGAAACCCGAAUAUUCGUUUGGAAUCCGCCACAGUCAGUAUACAGCACCUUUAAUAGUUGAUGUUCAAGAUUAAUUUAAUUAAACGUGUAGUGACUGCGUGUGAUCGGUAAUCUCCGGCUGUUAAAUCUCUUGUGAAAGACAAACGAACUGAGAAAUAACAAAAAAUGACGUUUUUGUUUUUACUAAAGUUCUAAUAAAAUCCAAAAUGAAUGAUAUCCUUUUAUCAACUUUGUGACAAAAAGUUAAUAUUUCGCAAUUUUCGCAUUAUCA